GCGACAAGACGUUCACGAUGUAUUGUAAUAUGUGUAGUAUAUCUUCAACCACCGGGCUUUUAUAGUAUCCGCCGAAAUCAAUGAAAGCUCAACAUUUCCACGAUUUCCCUUAUUCUAAUCGGCCGCAAAGACCAGUUAUUCAUUUUUAAGAUGUAAAAAUUCGUACAAAUGAAGCUACAAUAACCGAGAACGAUAUUAAAAUGCGAUAUUUGUACAAAGUGUUCUUUUGUUGUGCUUUAUUAGCCGCUGUUCAAGAAGUUGCCCAGGCAGACAAAGAAGACAAAAGCGAUGAGACGGCCGACCAUCAGGACAGCGUGGAAGUGGCAGAGGGACCGCCAGAUUCUCACGAGGCGAUGAACAACCGCGAGAUCAAUCCAAUUACCAAGACGCGGCAGAAGCGAAGCUAUGAAUUCUUGAUGGGCCUAAUCAAUAACAAUUCCAGAUACCAAGUGACCAGGGACGAGCCGGCAAUAAAUCUUUCGUCGAAACAAGCGGUUACCAAUGAUGAGAAUAUCGGAGCCAGUGAAUUACUGUUGGAGUUGCUCGUCAAGAUUACAGCCAAUCCUGACCAGUGGAGCAAAGUGCAUAAUUUAUUACGCCAGAUAGAUCAAGAUAUCCUCACCUCCAAGCAGCUGAUCGAAGACUACCAGAACAACACCAGAAAAAUACAAACGAUCCUGAAAGAAGUCGAAGGACCCACAUCCAAAGACCAAAAAACCACUCCCGAACCGAUGGAAGAAAAAUCAAAAAAGAAAUACUCGCAAGAAGAAAUCAACAAGGAAGUAGCGAUGACCAGCGACAAUGGUCAACCAGAUAUCAACACCAGCCUUUUCAUGAACACAGUCGUAUCUACGACAUCCCCGAAGGAAUGGCCAACAUUUGGGAAUGAAGACUCCAAAGUAACUUUUGUAAAUAAAGAUUUAUCCUCUAAUAACCCUCUAGAUCAUAACAAACUACCGAGCCCAGAUUUGAGCACUACAAAAGCAUAUCCGAAAUAUUUUUCAUAUCAUAGGGUCACCGGUAAACCGAUUUUUAUCAACAGGAAUCCUAAAGCCUAUGUUGCAGUGUCUGUUGUAGCUCCCAAGUCUCCAGAAACUCGCACAGACGAGGACCUAGAGCUGGAGCACGAACUGAGGCAACUGAAGCCUUGGACCCACUCCCAAAACCUGAGAAAUAUGGAGUCCAUCAGAUCUAGAUGGAUAAUCGACACCUCAAAAGAGAACAAAAAUUCGGAAGUGUAAAUUGCAACAUGUUAUGUAAUUUUAGGUAAUUAUCUCGGCAAAACUGAAAUAUCUAUAUUUAUCUAUGAAUUGUAUAUGAUAGGAACGUAAAAUCACUUGUUUUCUAGAGAUGCUGGGCCAGAAAUAAUAUAUUGUUUCAAUACUGGGGAUUUUAACUGAAUGAAUCAAAAAUAAUCAAAAGUGAAUAACUGAUAAGAGAUUUUUUUUUAUUUCUUA